AUGCCACCAAGUAGUGGAGCAACUUUGUCUACAGUGAAUACUGCUCACAGAACAACUUUGCCUAUAGUGAAUACUGCUCACAGAGCAACUGUGCCUACAGUGAAUACUGCUCACAGAGCAACUGUGUCUACAAUGAAUACUGCCCACAGAGCAGCUUUGUCUACAGUGAAUACUACUCAUACAAUACCACCAAGUCGUGGAGCAACUUUGUCUACAGUGAAUACUGCUCACAGAGCAACUUUGCCUACAGUGAAUACUGCUCAUAAAGCAACUUUGUCUACAGUGAAUACUGCUCAUAAAGCAACUUUGUCCACAGUGAAUACUGCUCACAGAGCAACUGUGAAUACAAUGAAUACUGCUCACAGAGCAGCUUUGUCUAAAGUGAAAACUGCUCACAAGGCAACUUUUUCGACAGUGAAUACUACUCACACAACACCAAGUAGUGAAGCAACUUUGUCUACAGUGAAUACUGCUCAUAAAGCAACUUUGUCUACAGUGAAUACUGCUCACAGAGCAACUUUGCCUACAGUGAAUACUGCUCAUAAAGCAACUUUGUCUACAGUGAAUACUGCUCAUAAAGCAACUUUGUGUACAGUGAAUACUGCUCAUAAAGCAACUUUGUCCACAGUGAAUACUGCUCACCACAGAGUAACUGUGUAUACAAUGAAUACUGCUCACAGAGCAGCUUUGAGAGCAGCUUUGUCUAAAGUGAAAACUGCUCACAAGGCAACUUUGUCUACAGUGAAUACUGCUCACAGAGCAGCUUUGCCUACAGUGAAUACUGCUCACAAAGCAACUUUGUCUACAGUGAAUACUACUCACACAACACCAGCAAGUAGUGGAGCAACUUUGUCUUCAGUGAAUACUGCUCAUAAAGCAACUUUGUCUACAGUGAAUACUGCUCAUAAAGCAACUUUGUCUACAGUGAAUACUGCUCACAUAAUGCCACCAAGUAGUGAAGCAACUUUGUCUACAGUGAAUACUGCUCACAGAGCAACUUUGCCUACAGUGAAUACUGCUCAUAAAGCAACUUUGUUCACAGUGAAUACUGCUCACAUAAUGCCACCAAGUAGUGAAGCAACUUUGUCUACAGUGAAUACUGCUCAUAAAACUGCUUUGUCUACAGUGAAUACUGCUCACAGAGCAACUUUGCCUACAGUGAAUACUGCUCACAGAACAGCUUUGUCUACAGUGAAUACUGCUCAUAAAGCAACUUUGUCUACAGUGAAUACUGCUCACAUAAUGCCACCAAGUAGUGAAGCAACUUUGUCUACAGUGAAUACUGCUCACAUAAUGCGACUAAGUAGUGGAGCAACUUUGUCUACAGUGAAUACUGUUCAGAAGCAUUGUAACUUGGUGAACUUCCAGAAUGUCACUUCAUUACAACAAACAAUGGUUGAUGAUACAUCUAAAAGUGGUCACACGUUCCCUCAUCCAGCAAAUAAAGUUGUUGAAUCCCAAAGUUAUUUUGCCAAAGGAGAAAAAAUUGAGUAUCUGUGUCAGUCAUCAAACAAAGAAGAAAGUAACCAGAAGGCCCAGGAAAAGGGUACCAUUUCCUAG